CCCUAGGGCGAUUGCGGCGGCGACACGUGGAGCGCAAAUGAGCCGUUAGUUUUGCGAUAUUUUGUUUUGGUUCCGGGUCUAGAAAAGGGCGUGGUGCAGAGACUGUUCGAGAUUGUUUAACAGGCAUCUGAAAGCAGCAGGAAGAGGAGAAAGAUCGAGUAAAUCUUUUGUUUUGGAUUGGAUUUGGUUUGGUGGUUGAUUCAAGUUAUUUAGGGUUUUGUUUGGUUUGGUUUGGUUUUGGGUAGAUCUGGUGGUGUUUAUUUGUUGAGAUCUGAAAAUGAAGGAAUGCGAGCUUUGUGAAUUGCCGGCGAGAAUGUAUUGUCAGUCGGACAAUGCGAGCCUGUGCUGGAGCUGUGAUGGGAAAGUUCACGCCGCCAAUUUUCUCGUUGCACGGCAUUCCCGGAGCCUCUUGUGCCAGAUUUGCCAAGCGGUUACGGCCUGGCAGGCCUCGGGUUCGAGCCCCGGGCCGACUGUGUCUGUCUGUGAGAAAUGCGUGGCGAGGAAUAAGGAGCAAGAUCAGGAGAAGAACGAUGAGAAUCAGGUGGUUCCUUUGGCUUCGGCUGUUUCUGGUCCGCCGCCGACCUCUUCUUCUACGGGGGAAAGCCGCGGGGCCGACUCUGAGGAAGAUGAUGAAGACGAACAGUCCUCGCCUCUCAAGCGCUCCGAACACGCCUUAGAUCUAUAUGUUUCUGAGAUGAAGGCUGAUCUUUUUGGUAAAAAAGAUAAAAGUCUGAUCUUUUUGGCGGUGGAAAUUAUGAGCAGGUUGGUGACCACGGGUGCUCGUGUUCUGGCCCUAGCAAUAAUCGGGCCACCUCCGGCAGAAGUGGUUAUGACGAUGAUGCAACCACUAUUGGAAUCCGAAGAUCAAAGAAGAGGAAGGUGGAGGAGCGUUCUAAUUCUGGGGUAGUACAAACCCUAGAGAAAAUUCAGCGGGAGAGGGGUAGUAGUAAUUCUACUGUCUCGGCCAUUUGUAAUUUAUGUAAUGAGUCUCGUCCCAGAGAGCUUGUAUCUGCUGUUUCUCGCACAGAUAGGUAGCCUAUUGGUGGAUCUCAGUGUUAUAUUAAUCUGACACCUACAUAGGGAAGACGUAACUUGUGCUUUACUAAUUUGAAACUUAGGGCUUUAAAAUGUUUAGCGAGAUCUGUUAACAGACACUGUGCAAUGUUCAUUGUGAAUACCAAGCCAUGGAGGAUAACUGGAUUCACGGUUUCUGACACAAUACAUUCAUCAUGGCGCCAUGCAUACAUGUGUGCCAAUUUAAGGUUUUAA